CGCAGCACGUUCCGUUUCAAAAUGGCGACUGUGUGGCGUUUGAGGAGAGCUUGGAGAGCGGCUGCUUCAGAUGUUUCGUUUAGGGGCCUGGCGAGUGUCAUUCCUAAGGUCACCCAAGUGGAUAAUUCGUCAGAUUUCUUGGGCAAAAUUCCUCACCGCCAGCACCCUGGAAUUGUCCAUCUCAAAGCUGUCAGACUUCCACCUGAGUUAAUAGAGUCUGCUCGCUUUCUGAUGGCUGAAUCCUCUGUGCGCGAUGUGAAGCAGCAGGCCAAGGCCCUCACCAACUACCUGUGGAGCCGCAAACGCCCCCUCGAGACAGAGGAGCUGUGCAGGAGGGCGCAGCAGCUAGAGCAGAAGCUGAAAGCAGAGGUGGCUACUCAGGAUCCAUUGAGUCAGCUGGAUCGGGCCAAAGAGAAGGCCCUGAAGCAAAAAGUCCUGAAGGCCCUCCGUAAGACAACUUACCAUUGGGUGGAACUUAAUUAUACUGAAGAGCUCAGUUUUUUGUACAUGGCAGCUCGCAUGGAUGGGAUGUUUGCAGCUGUGUCCCGAGCCUUCCAUGAGAUUCAGAAACGAGUCCCUGACUUUCAGCCCUCCACACUGUUGGAUUUUGGCUCUGGGACCGGCACUGUCAGCUGGGCAGCACAUAACAUCUGGGGCAAGACAUUAAAGGAGUACAUGAACAUCGACUCCUCCACUGCAAUGUUGGCCUUGGCUGAGAGACUGAUGAAAGGGACCUCUCCAGGCCAGAAUCUGUGCUUCCCUGGAGUCUAUUUCCGGCAAUUCCUCCCUGUCUCACCCAAGGUGAAGUUUGACCUUGUAGUGUCAGCUUUCUCCCUCAAUGAGCUCCCAAGCUAUUCACAGAGAGAAGAGACAGUACAAACUCUUUGGAGAAAGACCGAUAGCUUCUUGGUUCUGGUAGAAAACGGGACCAAGGAAGGCCAUCAGAUGCUCAUGGAAGCUCGAGAUGUCAUAUUAAAGGGCACAGAUAAAGUAGUUCACGACUCCCGAGAACCUCACAUUUUUGCCCCGUGUCCGCAUCAUUUGCCGUGUCCCCGCUUAGCGUCAUCUGAUUGCACUCUGCCUUGUAACUUCAUCCAAGCCUAUCACCCCCUGCCUUUCAGCUGGAACCCAGACUUGAAGGAGGAGAGAUUCUCUUUUUUGAUCAUGCAGCGAGGGUCAGGGGAGACAAAUGAAUCCUGGCCUCGAAUAACCCAGCCUGUCCUCUGCCGAGCCCGCCAUGUCCAUGUCCACUUGUGCUGUGCUGACGGCUCCCUCCAGCAUGCAGUCAUAACUGCUCAGAAACAUGGCAGGGACCUUUACCGAUGUGCCAGGAAAAGCCACUGUGGAGACCAGCUACCGGUUUUGAACCUUGAUAGCGAACCAGCUUUGGAAGAACAGAUGGACCAUAUGAAUAAAGGCCAGAGUUGA